ACGAAUCGCGUAUCGUAUUUUCCGUCAUGAACGCCAUCGUCACUUCGGCAACCUCGGCGCUGUCCUCGCGACAGAUCAACACGAUCCACCUGAAGCGCGUCGCGCGGCCGCGCGCCCCGAUGAACGUCGCGACGCGCGCGAUGACGUCGUGGAAGCUCGACGGCGUCGGGUGCGCGGCGUCGCGAGGCGGCAACGGCGCGCGCCUCUCGGGCGCGUCGAAUCAAAAUUGCCCGACGCACGCGAUCGACGUGUCCACGCUCUGCGCUUCGCACGAGGGAAGGUUCGAGAUGGCGCACGCGAUGUUCGAACAAGAAGGCGACGCGCUGUAUCUGUACAGCACGAAAGCGUCGGAACACUCCACGAAGGACGAAGGAGGAGGCUUCGUCUCGGACGAGCUGUUCGUCGACGGCCGCCCCGCGCCGGCGUCGAGCUGGAGCAAGAUCAAGUUGAAGCCGGGACAGAUCGUGAACAUCGCGGGCGUGGAGUUCCAGCUGUACCGCAACGUCCACGCGCACGCGUGAUCGACGAAGGAGUGAGACGAAGAAGAAAGAAAGAAGAGCGAAAGAAGAACAAGGCGAUGUACGAGAUUUCAGUCUGUUUGUUGUAUUUCAAGUGUGUAAGACCACGUAAGACGCGCGACCGCGGCGGUCGUGCGAGCGCAAAAAAUGUAAUAAAAAGUGUGUAAAAAGUACGGA